AUGAAGAAGUAAUUCAACAGCAUAGGGAAUGAUAUUAAAUUUUUGAGAGGAAAAUCGGUAAUAUAACUGCUUGAAAUUAGAAAAUGGAGAGUUUAGAAGGAUACAGCUGAAUAAAACGUUAAGUCCAUCUAUGUGAAAUUAAAAACUAAAGAGAAAGGUACAAAUGAGAUCAUUAAUUUGAUGAAUUUAGAUUAAUUUGAUGAUAAAGUUGGAAAAGUGAAUGAGUUUUUAUAUGAAGGGAAAACAUGCUAAUUCAUGGAUUAGCUGGAUCAGGUAAGAGUACUACAGCCAAGAAAAUUGAAGAGCAUAUUUGGAAAUUUCAUUACAGUAAUAAAAAAAUUGGGAAUUUCGUAUUAAUACCUGUUUAUAUAUCGUUACCCUAUUUAAUAAAACCCUGUUUUUUGCAGUUUAGGAAACACUUCCCCAAUAUAUGGGUUUGAUGAUCUCUAAUUGAAAGAAUGUUAAGAAAUGUUGUAAAAGAAAGUAUUCCGAUUCAUAUUUAUAAUGGAUAGAUAUGAUGAAAUGAAGCUAGAAAAUUUAUUCAUGAAUAAUAAGCUCAAAUAAAAUUGGUUAGACCCUCUUGUAAUUGUUACCACCAGAGGUGAAAUUUUCGAUUUAAAGUAUUAAAAUGUUGAUUUUUGAUGUAUAUGAAUGGUAAGUAUAAACUUAAAACCAAAAAGCUUUCGAUCUUAAAGAAUUUGGAUAGAGUUGGGGAAUAUUAUCAUUUUUGAAAUUUGAUGUUGCAAGAUUGAAAUCUGAAACUUUUUUAAUGAAAAAUAAAUAGACAGAAUUUUACUAUUUGUGA